AUGGAGUUGAAUCUGAGCAGUGUGAUCUCAAUAAAGCCGGUGAAGUACAAGUGUGGGAUGUCCAAGGUAUGCCCGCCGGGACACCUGGCCUUCAAGAUGGCGAGUGGAGCAGCCAGCGUGGUGGGACCCAGAAUCUGCCUGGAGGACAGACUAUUAAUGAGCGGAGUGAAGAACAACGUGGGGAGAGGAAUCAACAUCGCCCUGAUAAAUGGGAGAACAGGGGACCUUAUCAACACAGCCUUUUUUGAUAUGUGGGGUGGAGAUGUGGCUCCUCUCAUUAAGUUAGUGAAGGGAAUAGAGGACGGGACGAUCGUGAUGAUGGCCUCCUUCGAUGAUGCCGCGACAAAACUCAACGAUGAGGCCAGGAAGCUCAUCGCUGAUCUGGGAAGCUCGAUUGUCAGUAACCUGGGAUUCCGCGAUAACUGGAUCUUUGUAGGAGGGAAAGGCGUCAAGACCAAGAGUCCAUUUGAGCAGCAUAUAAAGAACAGUGCGGACACCAACAAGUUCGAGGGAUGGCCGGAGGUGUUGGAGAUGGAAGGCUGCGUGCCUCAGAGACAGGACUAA